CGAAGAAGGUAGUUUGGCAGAUCUAAAACUCUACCUUACGUCUCCCUCCCUCGUCUUCAUUCCCUCUAAUAAAAAGCAUAUAGAUAUAUGCAUGCCAUUUUUGCUUCUUCAACACGCACUUACGCACUUCAUUUAUACCUGCGUGCACUGCUUUCUUCACCAUUACAUCACAUCUUCUUCCAUCUUCCACUUUCUACAAUAGUUAAUCAAAGUUUCUCGAAAUCUGGGAAUAUGAAUAUCUAGAUAGAUUGGUUGAUCUCUUUGUCAUUUCUCGCUUUUCAACUACAGCGUAUUAACGCGCACAGAACGAACUGUGAGUCCUCACUGUGAGAAUGGGGAAUUGCCAGGCGGCGGAGGCGGCGACGGUGGUGAUUCAACAUCCCGGUAACAAAGUGGAGAGGAUUUACUGGUCGAUCAGUGCUCACGACGUCAUGAGUUCUAACCCUGGCCACUACGUCGCCCUCGUCAUCAGCUCUCCGACGGACAGGACGGAGAACGGCGCCCCGGUAAAGCAGCUCAAGCUUCUCCGGCCCGCCGAUACUUUGCUCAUCGGGCAGGUUUAUCGUCUCGUCAGCUUCGAAGACGUUCUCAAGGAAUUUGCUGCCAAGAAGUGCGUGAAACUCGGGAAGUUGUUGAAGGAAAGCGCCCGACUUGGCCUCGACCCGAAAAGAAACUCGGAUGCUCCGGCUCCGAAUCCGAAACCAAGGGUGGCCAAGGCGGAACACGAGGCUUACCAUCUGGGAAGUAGCGGCAAUAGCAGCAGCAGCACUAGCACUGGCAUUACAAGUGUGGGGAGGCAUCAUGGUGGGGGGCAAUGGAGACCAGCCUUACAGAGCAUAGCAGAAAUCGGAAGUUGAACGCACUCACUCCCAAACACCAACAAAUUAAAGCAGUGCCACUUUCCAAGAAUAACACAUCCAAUUCCAAUGCUUACUUUUCCUACCCAGAAUCUCAGAUUCUCCCUUACAAGUAACAACAAAGGGAUCCCUCCACCCUUCCCAUACUUUUUCAACCCUCUUUACUUUUUCUGAUUCAGAAACACGGGUCCAAAGCUUUUCUAGUAAGUCUGAUCUUGCCAUCAUGAGGCAGGGAACUAUCCGUUUACAAUGUUGUUAAUGUAGUUUACUUCCAUUUUAUCCAUCCAUCCCAUAUAAAUAUGUAAUCAGAUGCGCAUGCAUUUCAGAGAAGACCAAAUGACAUUUGCAACUUUUCAGUUGAAAUA